CCUUCUAACGGCUACUCAAGCUAGCUUAACAUCUCUGCUAUUAGCUGUCCACAACAUUAGCUUCUGGAGGGUGUAAAUCCGUUUUUUUAUGAUCUAAACGAGUAAAUUAAUCUUAUUUAUUCCGCGGGAGAGCGUCUUUUGAUGGGAAUUAACUCCAGGAUGAUUCCUACCGAGGACGCGUCCGCCAGGAAGCGGGAGAUAGAGGAGAAACUGAAGCAGGAGCAAGAGACGCUGUCAUUCAUCCGGGAAAACCUGGAGAAGAGCGAUCAGCUGACCAAGGGCAUGGUCUCCAUCCUGUCGUCGUUCGAGAGUCGCCUCAUGCAGCUGGAGAACUCCAUCAUCCCGGUCCACAAACAGACGGAGAACCUGCAGCGGCUGCAGGAGAACGUGGACAAGACCCUGUCCUGCAUGGACCACGUCAUCAGCUACUACCACGUGGCCAAAGACACGGACAGGAUCAUCAGAGAGGGGCCGACGGGGAGACUGGAUGAAUAUCUUGCUUGCAUUGCAAAGAUUCAGAAAGCUGUGGAGUACUUUCAGGACAACAACCCGGACAGCCCUGAACUCAACACAGUGAAAGCUCGCUUCGAGAAGGGGAAGGAGCUGCUGGAGGCCGAGUUCCGCAGCCUCCUGACCCGCUACAGCAAACCCGUCCCCCCCAUCCUCAUCCUGGACGCCAUCAGCGUGGACGAGGAGCUGGAGGUCCAGGAGGAGGUGGUGCUGGAGCACCUCCCCGAGGCCGUGCUGCAGGACAUCAUCUGCAUCGCCGGCUGGCUGGUGGAGUACGGACGCAACCAGGAUUUCAUGAACGUCUACUACCAGAUCAGGUCCAACCAGCUCGAUCGCUCCAUCAAAGGCCUGAAGGAUCAUUUCCGCAAGAACAGCGCGUCCUCUGGCGUCCUCUACUCGCCCGCCGUCCAAACCAAACGCAAGGACACGCCCACCAAAAAAGCUCCCAAGAGGCCAGUCUACAUCCCAGGGACCAUUCGCAAGGCUCAGAACCUUCUGAAACAGUACUCACAGCAUGGGCUGGAUGGGAAAAAGGGGGGCUCUAACCUCACUCCUUUGGAAGGAAAGGACGACGUGCUGGACAUCGAGAUCGACUCCUACAUCCACUGCAUCAGUGCCUUCGUGAAGCUGGCUCAGAGCGAGUACGCCCUGCUGACCGAGAUCAUCCCCGAGCACCACCAGAAGAAAACCUUCGACUCCCUCAUCCAGGAGGCGCUGGACAACCUGAUGCUGGAGGGAGACAACAUCGUGUCUGCAGCUCGUCGGGCCAUAAUGCGCCACGACUACUCGGCCGUCCUCACCAUCUUCCCCAUCCUCAGACACCUGAAGAUGAACAAGUCCGAGUUCGACUCCACGCUGCAGGGAACAGCAGCGAGCACCAAGAACAAGCUGCCCACACUCAUCACCUCCAUGGAGACGAUUGGAGCCAAAGCUCUGGAGGAGUUCGCCGACAGCAUCAAGGCACGAGCCCCCCCCCCCCCCCCCCCCACCCCACCCCACUCAUCAACUCAGAUACAUUAUCACUCAGUCAUUAUAAUCCCACCUCAUCUCUUGCUGACAUCAGAAUAUCCAGAUAAAAUAAUCCCAAAAUCAACGAGUUCAGCGAGUAGCUACACGUCCGACUUCAACAAGCGCCUCCUCAGCACCUACAUAUGUAAAGUUUUGGGGAACUUGCAGCUGAACCUGCUCAGUAAAUCCAAAGUGUACGAGGACUUGGCUCUGAGCGCCAUCUUCCUGCACAACAACUACAACUACAUCCUCAAGUCUCUGGAAAAGUCUGAGCUGAUCCAGUUGGUCACGGUGACGCAGAGGAAAGCCGAGGAUUCGUACCGGGAGCUCAUAGAGCAGCAGAUCGACACGUACCAGCGCAGCUGGUUGAAAGUGACGGAGCAUCUGACGGACAGAAACAUGCCCCAGUUCCAGCCGGGAACCAAGCUCAAAGAUAAAGAGCGACAAGUCAUCAAGGACAAGUUUAAGGGCUUUAACGACGGUUUGGAGGAGCUGUGUAAGAUACAGAAGGGUUGGGCGAUACCAGACAAAGAGCGUCGAGACUUCAUCCGACAGGCCCAGAGGAAGGUGGUGUCCGACGCCUACAGAGCCUUCCUGCACAGAUGCGCCAACAUCUCCUUCACCAAGAACCCUGAGAAGUAUCACAAGUAUCGGCCGGAGGAGGUGGAGGAGAUGAUUGAGAAGCUGUUCGACACGUCUGCCUGAGCCUCCUCCUGCAGGUGUAGCCUCCUCAGCGUGACCCGUCGUCCGUACGGAGACUCGAACACGUCCUAUUUAUGUGGCUCAAAGGGACAAUGGAGACACUAACACACACACACACACACACACACACACACACACACACACACACACACACACACACACACACACACACACACACAGCUGAUCAUCUCUAGAUUAUUUCACUUGUUUACGCUUCUGGCUCUAAUGAAUAUGUGUGAAGAGACGUCAGGGAGCUGCAGCAUCGUCCUAAUGAGCCCUGAAGAGUUUUCUAUAGAGAAGCUGCUCGUCUCUGUGUUUACGAGGAGCUACUUCACCAGAGAGGGUGAGAGGGUGAGAGGGUGAGAGGGUGAGAGGACUGAAACCUCCAGACGCUGGUGGUUUAUUCCCAUCAAUGGUUUGUAACAUUAAAACCUUUCUGCUCCUUUGAUUUUCCUUUACUCCGUUAAAUAAUGACAUUAAAUCUUCUGUAAAUAUCAAAGAUUAUUGGCUGAAACUGAACAUGUGUCAGUUUCGUUGUGUUCAGGCUUAAACGAUGAAAAUGUUGGAUAUUAAAUAAACGAUGAAUGAAUGAA